GUUCACUGUAGUCUCCCGCCACAUCUGCAAAACGGCAUCGCUUUCCGCGAGGAUGGGAAGCAUUGUGGAGGGUGUCUGAACUACGAACCUCGUCAUUCUCCCAGCCAUUUCACUAUUAGCCCGGUGAACUGUUCCACGGAAGCCAACGAGAACAAAGACUACAGAAACAUCCCCAUACACUACAGCUGUCUGGCCACCUUUCAGUUCCACAACAACACCCAUUUGGCGGUGACCAAGACCAUCAACUUCGUCAAAGGAAUGGGCCAGUACCUGGUGUGGAUUUUCACACCAGAUCAUCACAUCAAGGUCAUGAAAGCUGCAGACACCUUCCUCUUCGAACACAACCCCAUGCUUAAAUCCGAAUUCAUCCAGGCUCAAUUCUCCAUCCUUCGCGGCGAAAACCUGCAGUGUCGUAAUCUGUUUUCUCGUCAUCGUCCUACGACCACUACCAACACAUACCAUCCCAAAGCCAACUUCGGGAACAAGCCUGACCAGGAAUACAACCACGGAGAGCAUGCGGACAUCAAGCACGACGACUCAGUCACCGGACCAGCGGUCAACGGAGAUGACCAUAUCCCUUAUGGCCCAGAAAAUGGCGCAGAUUCGCAAAUAAGCUCCCCCAAAAUGACCAACCCUCGAUUUGAUAAUUCUCAAGGAGAAAAUAUUGACAACAGGAACAAUGCUAGAAGUAGAAACUGCGUGUGUGUACAUUCAAUUCUUUGGAACAUAUUUGUGGCAGUUCUAGUAGUCUUGACCUCUCAUCGGACAUGUUUGCUUUUUGCUCAAUAA